CUCACUGACCUCUUGUCCAUCUUGGAAGGUAUCGCUGGCUCCAAGUUGACGUCGCUGGAAGACGGGAUCUCUCCCUCAAACAUGUCUAAUUUUGGCGGCAACGACGAGAAAGUAGACCCAGUCCUGCGGCAGAUGAUUCAAGAGGAACAGGUAAAGGCGCAGUUCCAGGCUCAGGUCCACAACUUUACCGACAAGUGCUGGGACACGUGCGUGGCGGACUCUCGCCUGGGGAACAAGCUGGACUACAGGACAGAGGCGUGCCUGCAGAAUUGUGUGGAGAGGUUCCUGGACACAACAAUCUCUGUAACCAACAGGUUCACUCAGCUGCUGCAGAGGGGCGCUACAGGCGGCAUGCACUGAGGAAGGGAAGGAGAUACAGACACAGAUACAGAAGACCGCCCCCUCCCCAACUCUACAUACUCAGCAUCAUAUUCCCUUGCCUUGUGUAUAACAACUUUGUUUACUGAAAAAGUACCACAUACCGGGGAUACUGCUCAGUAGAACAAAACAUGUUUUUCUUCUUCUGCAGUGUACGUUUUUGACAUGAUUUUGUUUGAGGACAGCAUACACUGAGCUGAGAGACA